UAUUUCGAUUAGUUUAUACGAUGAGUUUUUCACAUUUGAAAAGAAAUUGUCUUAUUGCGUAAAAUGGCGGUGUCCUUUUUGAGUAAAAGAAUCGCUUUAACGCAACGGAAUUUCUUGAAAAUUCCGAAACGAAACGGAUAUAUAGUCUUACUUCCAGAAAUAGGUGAGGAAUCGUCAGAGAAAAAUCCUUUACUGAAGGAUGACAAUUUGCCAGAAUUUAACACAAUUACAAUUGAAAAAUGUGUAGCAGCUAUUGGAAAACAAACUGUAGAUUUUGAAGAAAAGUUGAAAAGUCUGGAAAAAAUAACUUCAAAAGAUGUAUUUAAUGAAUGGUUGCUUCCAAUUGAGGAUGCAUAUCUUCCUCUUGAGACGACUUGGGGCAUAGCAAAGACUUUGUAUUUUGGCAAUCAAAGUUUGAUGCCAACAAAAUGCUAUAUGAGUAUUCAUGAACGUGCUACGAGAGCCAUAGCUAGCAAAUUUGGCAGUGCGCCACUCUUUAGAGCAUGCAAGGAAGCAUUAGAGAAUAAGGACAUCAAAUUAACACAUUCGCAGAGGAGAGUGCUUACCAAGUAUGUGCUGGAAGGAACUUUAAAUGGUCUGAAUCUACAAGAAAAAGAAUUCGAGAAGUAUUCAGCUGACUUGAAUUUCAUUAUAUCGAAAAUCAAGGAAUACAAAGCGAAAUAUGAGAGUUCUACAGCUGUAUAUAGUAUGGUAAUAUAUAACAAACAUGUCGUGGAAGAUUUUCCGGAAGACUAUCUCAAAUCCAUAGCGAUUGAUCCUAGACAACCUUACAUGGGUCCUUGGAAAAUCACUUUAAAGCCAUAUAUUCUGCAACCGUUUAUGGAAUAUUGUCCUAAUCGUGAAUUGAGAGAGGCAAUCUGGGAUGCCGAUGUCAUCCGGUGCUCUAAUUAUCAGGAAAGAUCUGUUCAGGCCAGUGUGACAUUGGAGGAACUCCGAUCAAGAAGAAUUGAACAGGCGAAGCGCUUGGGAUUUAAAAAUUAUGCAGAGAUGAGCAUGAAGACAAAGAUGGCCGGUAAUCUGGAGAAUCUGUACAACAUGCUAGAAGUUCUUCGGAGUACUGCAUUACCGAUUCAAGAAAAGGAAAUUGCAAAUUUAACCGAAUUUGCAAAGACGAGAGAUUUCAAUGAUAUUAUAAGGGUAUGGGAUAUUGCAUUUUGGGGUAGAAAACAACGUCAUAGCAUGUAUAUUGACGAAAACAAGUGGAAAGAGUAUUUUCCACUACCGACUGUGUUGUCGGGUCUUUUCAAACACAUCGAGACGCUCUUUAAUGUGAAAAUCGUCGAAAGCAAGAAAGCGGACAUUUGGCAUAAAGAUGUCUGGUUCUUCGACAUAUUCGAUUUGAACGGAUCCAAUGCAGCACCCAUCGCGAAUUUCUACCUAGAUCCCUACGCCAGAGGAACGGAGAAGUUCCGUAAAGAACAAGCCUCGGGAUGGGUGUCCACGAUCAAAAGCAAGAGCAAAGUCGGCAAUAGCACUCCAUUGAUCGCUAUGAUCUUCAAUUUUCCGCCCCCGAUAGGCGAUAAACCUUCUCUUCUUUCCUUCAAGGACAUACAGAUUCUUUUCCAAAAAUUUGGACACGCUUUGCAACAUUUACUAACUACGAUCGAGUAUUCUGACAUUGCUGGAUUGUCAUUUGUGGAAUGGGAUGCAGUAUUCAUAUGUGAUUUCUUCAUGGAGAACUGGUUGUACGAACCAUUUAUGUUGCAAAAAAUCUCUGAACAUUACGAAACGAAGGAACCAUUACCUGCGGAGGCUAUCGACAGUAUUAAAAAAAUGAGAUCGCAUUUGGCUGGCUAUAAGCUUUGUAAAGAACUUUAUUUGUCACAUUUGGAUCUGGAGCUGCAUUCCAGUGAAACAUUUUGGGUAACUAUCAUGAAACGCCUAUGGCCGAAAUAUUUCGUGUUGCCACUCGAAAAAAGGGACGUUCAUGUUUGCAAUUUCGAUGUUAUAUGGAGUGGCAAUUGGGCAGCCGCGUAUUUCAGCAAAAUUUGGUCUGAGAUGAUAGCUGCCGAUUUAUACACGGCUUUUCAAGAGAUCAAGUUCGAUGAAUCACAGCAUAAGGAAUUAGGUAUGAGAUUCCGUAACACGUUUUUAUCUUUGGGCGGUAGUUAUCCUGCCGCCGAGGUAUUCAGGCAAUUUAGGGGAAGAGAUCCGAGCCCACAAGCAUUAUUAGACAAUCUUGGGUUAACGAAUUCGACGAAGGAAACCAAAUGAUACGAAUAUAUAAUAUUGGAUAUAUUGGUUGGAUAUAAUAUUACUCUUUAAGAGUACGCAAAUAAUUAUUAAUUCUGUAUAGUAACGGAUACUAUUACUUGGAUCCAUACAGAAGAUCCAGGAAUUAAUUCAGUUGUGAAGUAAUCAUAAUGCAAUAAAUUAUCAUUUGUAAAGUACUGUACUAAAAAUUUACGAAUUUUUCGUUUAAAUCAACACUUUCGGUACCACGGGUCACAUAUGUGUGACAUGCCAGUUUGUUUCGAGAGUUUAACGUCAUAUACUAUUGUGAUCAAAAAAUAAGAUGAAAUUGUUUAUAACUUUUAAAAUUUUUAUUUAUUCUUCUAAAUCUUCAUUCCUUUUAUCGCCUUCAAAGUACUCCCCUCUGGAUACAAUACACUUUUGCCAAUGUUUUUUCCAAUCCUCGAAACAAUUGUUAAAGUCGAUUUUCGGAAUGGCCUUCAAAGCGCGCAGCGAUUCGGUUUUUAUCUCCUCAAUCGUGUCGAUACGGUGUCUCCGGAGCGGUCUCUUGAGCUUAGAGAAUAGCCAGAAGUCACACUGUGCUAAAUCAGGCGAAUACGGUGGUUGUGGAACGAUAUGAGUUGAAUUUUUGGCGAAAUGGUUUCGAACAAUCAAUGCAGUGUGAGAUGGUGCAUUAUUGUAGUGCAAAAAUCAAGAAUUGUCUGCCCAUAAUUCUGGCCUCUUUUUGUGAAUAGUUUCACGUAAAUGUUGCAUAACGCUCAAAUAAUAUUCCUUGUUAACAAUUUGGCCCGGCGCUAGGAAUUCAUAAUGCACUACAUCACGAUAACGAUCAAAGAAAACUUAGUUAAUGUGAUCUUGAUUUUUGAAUGACUGGCACGAUCUUUUUGAUUUUGAUUCACCUUUUGCACGGUAUUCGCUUGAUUGGUCGGUUGUUUCCGGAUCAUAGAUCCAAGUCUCAUCUCCAGUUAUUAUGCAUUCUAUCUUAUCCUGAUAUUCAGAAAUUGUUUCACAGACUUCAACGCGACGCUAUUUUUCCAAAAAAUUGAGUGUUUUUGGCACCAAACGAGUGCCACUUCACUUUUUUCAGGCAUAAAACAUCUUUCAAAAUGGUCUAGAUUGAUCCAAAUGAAAUGUUAACAGUAUCAGCGAAAUCUCUAAUUGUCAAUCGACGAUUUUUGAUCACCAAAUCUUUGAUUUCAUUCACGUGUUAUUCAUCAGUUGAUGUUGAUGGUCGUCCAGAGCGAUUUUUUCGUCUUCAACGCUUUCUCUGCCUUCUUUGAAUUGUUUAUACCACUUGUAAACAUUUUUUUGUGACAUAGCCUGGUCACCGAAGGCCUUCUGCAACAUUCUCAAUGUUUCUGCAGCAGAAAUUUCAUUCCGCAAACAAAAUUUAAUGCAACUUCUUUGCUCAACAAAAUCAGACAUUGUAAAAAUCGCUAAAUUAACUUUUUGUUGUUUCAAAACACGCGCGUAACUAUUUAGAUAAAUGCAGGUAUUGACAUGAAGUUUGGCACAGAUGUCAGUGACAGUGCUGCCAACUUAAAAAAAAAGAUUUGUCAGAAUCGAAGAGCGCGCGUAUUUUAAAUUAAAAAUUUCACCUUAUUUUUUGAUCACAGUAGUAUGUGACAUCGUUAAGUUUUAUGAUUAUGUAAAGAAAUGAGGUUUGUUUUGAAUGUGUUGUGUAAAAGUAUCACAAGAAAAGCUUGGGUUGUGGAGUUGGUUUUUCCAAUCACAUCGUGAUAACGAACGUGUUAAAGUGAUGUA